UAAUUAUAACAAAAGGAAUGACAGUUCCAUAUCUUUCUGUUAUAUUUUGUAAUUCUAGUGAAACAUUUGUAAAUAAUAAUGUAAUUACAGCUGGAAAUUAAUGCAUUAAUUGAAAAAGUGGAAAACAUUUUAAUGUAAACAUUGCGGUAAUAAGUGCACCUAUUUUUAAAUUACGUUGUGAUGUUUGAAUCGAAAUUUUUAGUGAAAUUCUAAAAUAUGAUGCUCGUGCAUAUUGUAUAAAAACUGGAGUGGGUAUUAAACGAAAACAAAAUAUUAUAAGUAUCAGGACAUUAACCUAAUAACAAUAAUCGUUUCUUCAAAAUUUUAGUAUUUUUAGUUGCUGAAAAUCCUAGUCAAACAACAAUAAAAAAUAAUAAUGGCAGAUAGGAACAAUUGGUUUAACUCCUGGUUGCAUGCUGCCAAGAAUAAGAGCACUGAAGUUCUGGAAUUUGUUAAAAAAGAUUUGGAAGAAUUUGGAAGUGUAGUAAAACAAGAAGCUUCUACUGUAGUCUCGACAACAGGCUCUGCAAUCACCAAAACCUUGAAGCUGGAUGAAUCAGACUCAACAGCUGGUUCUAUGAAAAGGAGCAUCAGCUCAUUUUUAGGUCAAAUGAACACAAUAUUAAACCCAAGCCCGGAUGAUUCUGAUACAGAGGCUAUCAUAAUAAAUGAAGAUUCUGACCCUGUUACUCUUACAAAACUUCAACAAGAAAUAUAUAAUCUCCAAAAAAAUGAAACUACUUUUCUUGAUGAUCCUGAAGAUUCUUUGAUGAUGCAAUUUAAUUGCUGGUUAGAAAUUAUUGAAGACCAAUUAUCCGAAGAACGUCUAAAUAGACACUUGAAUAGUUCACUAACGUUAAAAAAUCAGUAUGAGAAAUUAGUCCCUGAAAAGGUGUCCCAUAUACUGUUUUGGAAAAGAUAUCUAUUCAAAAAAGCAGUGAUAGAAGAUGAAAUGGCUAGAAAGGAAGCAAUGGAAAAACGGGAACAGAAAGAGAGCAUGACAACUACUGAAAAUAUAAAAUGGGAACAUGGUACAGAAAUCUCUUAUCUAAUCUCACUGAAUAAUUCAAAUACAAAAUAUGUUCUUGAAGAAGAGCAAAUUCGACUAUUGGAGCAGUAUGAAGCAGAAACGAAACAAAAAAAAAAUGGAUCAAUUUCUCCUAAUAAGGCCAAUGAAACUAAAGUAGAAAAAUUACAAGGGAAAGAGGAUCAUUUCAAACUGGAUACCCCAUUAAAAUGGAUGCCAAAAAGCGAUGGGAAAAAUAUUAAAAAAACAGAUUCCAAUUGUAGUCUCGAUCUUGAAUUAAAAAGUACCAAUAGCAGUUCAGAUGGAGACUGGGAAAAAAUUAAUAGUGAUGAAAACUAAUUUCUGAAGCAGAUGAAAAUCUAGAAUUAUGGGUAAUGAGAAAAACUAAACUUUUAUUAAUUAAAAUUAUGGAUGAUGCUUUUGCAAAGUGCAUAGUUUAAUAAGGGUAUUAUUUACAUUAUAUGUUCACAUGAUUUUUUUUUUCUAAUUGAUGCUGAAAAGUUAAAAAAAAAUUGAAAUCACUGGGUUUAAUGUGUCGUUCUACGCAUUUAUUAUUCGUAUCUUUUGUCUCCAAUAUAACAGAUAGAUAUUGGAAAGGCACAUACACUGUAAAAUCUUAUAAGAAGUUUGUAAAUUUAAUAUAUGUAAUAAGACUUUUAAAUAUAGAGUUUUACAGCGAU